AGUGAAACACACACAGUGAAAUCAUCUGGCCCCAGAGCAAGAUGGCUUUUUAGCAUCUGUACUUCCCAUCAAGGUGGAUAUUCCCAUGAUGCUGUGGUGUAUGCACUACAAAAAUGUGGCAUUCGUCAUAUUGAUACAGCAAAAAGAUAUGGCUGUGAAUUACUUCUUCAGAAAGCUAUCAAAGAAAGUGAUGUAAAGCGGGAGGACCUCUGGAUAACUACCAAACUCUGGCAUAGUGACUAUGGCUAUGAAAACACAAAACAAGCCUGCCUGGAUUCAUGCAAAAGACUUGGUGUUCAGUACCUCGAUCUUUAUUUGGUACACUGGCCCAAUGCACAAGUUCCUGGUAAAAGUAAUCGUGAGAUCCGAGCGGAAACCUGGAGAGCCAUGGAGGACCUAUAUGAGAAAGGUAUAUGUCGGUCUAUUGGUGUAAGCAAUUUUCUCAUUAAUCAUUUGGAGCAACUAAAGGAAGAUUGUAAGAUAACUCCACAUGUUAAUCAGGUUGAAUAUCACCCUUUCCAAAGGCCCCAAGAGCUGGUGGAUUAUUGUAGAAGUAGAAACAUUGUUUUUGAAGGCUACUGCCCAUUAGCCAAAGGCGAAGCUCUGACUCAUCCUAUUAUAAUUCAGCUGGCAAAGAAAUAUGGCAAAACCCCUGCACAGAUCUGUAUACGUUGGAGCAUACAGAAUGGGAUUGUCACUAUUCCAAAAUCUACAAAAAUAGAAAGAAUACGGGAAAACUGUGAGCCACUUAUCCAUCCUCAGCACCAAACAGGAAUAAUUACAGCUACUGCCAAGAGAUUAAAGAACAACUCUGAUGACUUGCAAUGGGACCAGGACUUCAGGGUUAAGAGCUCAAACCUCCAGGAUUCUGAGUACCUUCAGCAUCCACUGAAAUAAAAGCCAACAUAGACUCUCAGAUUAAUUUGGCUCAGUUUUAAUACUACUGCAUCCCCCCUCCCAGUGGUUGUUUAACACAUAUCCACUAGUGAUAACCUCAGAUGAUCUCUGCUGAGUGUGAACUGAACGGGGCCAGCAUUAAGAGAUCUACUGCCCUAAGCAAAUGCCCAGAGGGCCAUUUGUACCAGAUCUCAGUCACCCAUGCAAAGAACUCCAAAAAGUUUUGCUGCUUUUAAAUGUUGCCAUCAGUGGCCCUCUUGCUCAGCCUGUACAGCCAGCCCUCUGCAGGGGCAUCUUUGAUGUACCUUUUGAACAGUGGACUUGUCAAGGCUGGCUGAGAGCAAUUCAGAAGCAGAACUACUAAAGAAGGCUUUGUAUCAACUGUAUGAUAGUUCCAUAAAUGGUUAGCUUCCCCCCCCCCUCAGUUUUUGUAAAGGGAAGUUCUAGGUUUUUUUAGCUAAGGCUUCAUUCCACUGAGGAUGCGCCGACCUUAAAUAAAUCCAUAACUUGGCUACAAAAUACAGGUUUUUUUCCCUUUUUCAUCUGACUCUUUACAGUUUCAUAAUGAGAGAAAAGGGAGAGUGCAUUUCUGUGAGCUCUUUAUUCCUCAAUGGCUUUCCACAGCAUAGACCCAUCCCAUGAAAAUAAAUUAAGUCUGCCACUGCUAGAGGAGUUCGUGGUAAAUCAUUCAAGUGGGUGCAUGGCAAGGUUGGUAAAUGAUCACUUUCUGGAGUAUAGAGAUGGAAGUCCUGUACUAUGGCUUAAAUUGACUUUCUUGGCAUAGAAAGAGUAGGCUAUUUUAAUAGAGGCCUUAUAUUAAUGGCACAGCAAAUGUUUUUGUUUAAUCAUAUGAAAUGUCCAGUGUAGCAUGAUUAUCAUAAAAUACUGGUGUACAGCUAUACACACCUUUGAUUUAUCUGGAAAAUGAUUAUCACUAUCCAUUCUGUCGAGGGAAUUGUCUUCUGGCUCAGUUUCUUUCAGAAUUACACAUAAAUGACGUUCCAGUUGGUGGCAGAUAUUUCUGUUAAGACUAUAUUCUUGCUCUUUAGACUUCAGUAUUUAACUCUGAUGCUCUGUCCAGUAUUGUCAGGUUUGCUGGUGGGACAGAGAACGCUAACAGUAGAAUUUUGCUUAACUGAUUUGCAUCAUUGGAGUAAAAGACACUGCAGGCUAUUCUCUGAACUCUUCCUCAGUUGGGCAAAGCUACACUGUUGGCACGCUCAAGGACCAUCAAGUCUUGACUUACUUGAAGGAACAGCCCUGACAGCUCUCAUGGUGCCUGAUUGCCAGUUUCAUUUUGUCUUAUUAAAGAAACACACACUUUUUGCAUUCAAAGACUCAAAAGUUUGACUGCAGAAAUGACUGCAAAAAAUUGUGGACAGUCUACAAAAAAUGUACAGAGUGGAUGGUGGGGGAGUCGUACUCAGAGGCUUGCUGUGUGAGUCACUGAUGCAAAAGUUUGAGAACCAUUGCUCUAACUACUGGAUGCAGUAGUUAAACUUUCCCAGUCACAUGGUUUCUUGACACCCAACUUUUUAAGAAAACAUACUGGUGAAGUGGCUGCUGUAUAACAGUCCACUGCUAGACAUUUAACUAGUACAUCAAUCCCACUGAAAUUUGCUUUCUGAUAUAUUUGAUAUCCAGCGACAGUGUCCCUUUGUUCUCUAAUUCUGGGCUAAAGAUGACCUUUCUCCUGAUCUAGAACAUAGGUAAUUCCAAAGUAGAAAGUUCAAAUGAGCCAUAUAUAUGGAAUCUCAAAGAUGUUCGAUUUUAUAGUGGAGCCAGUAGUCAUUUUAAAUUUAGGAAACUUAAGAGAUCUAACAGAAAAGUUCCCUUUCUGUCAUUAACCAGGAAGAAUGAAAUACUAGUAUAAACUAGUUCAUUAAUAGACAAAAACAAUGGUAAGUAGCACAAAUACAUAUUCAGGUGACCUACUGUUUCCCUCAGAGCCGGCUACUCAUAAGUAGCUGGAGAGAAAUUUGUGGCCAUUUCCUAUCCAAUAUAAAAACUCAUCAUGUCUCUGUUCACACUGGGUUUGAGAUGGCAUUCCUUAAGUAAUACAUAAGCUUUGGGUCAUCGUUUUCACAGUCUCAUUUCUUAACAAAAUUUGGGGCAACUGAUAUCAAUUAUACAAGAACUUAAUCAUCUUAAUUGGCCUGCAGCUUUACUUUGACACAAAAUGUUCAUUUAAUGUUAUUUAAAUUUCGGAUUGGUACAAUAAGGGUGAAAGAAAAAGAAGAAGGUCACAGCACAGCCAAAAGAAAGACAUUGGCCAAACUCAGUCCUGAUGUACCUGGGUGCUUCUCCCAUGACUUGCAAUGGAAUAGCAAGCAAGUCAAUGCAACUGUGCCUGGCUUUACCAGCGCUGAUUUGUUAUAAUAUAUACAAAACAAAACUAGAAAGUGACAGGACAGUAACACUUCAUGCUUUGAUGUGGAGUACCCAUGUGUGGAACCAGUUUGAGAUAUCUUGUUCAGACCAUAAAGGUGAUAAAUUCAGUAGAUGGGGAACUCACUAGAUAUGUAGUCACCUCCUGCUGGCCAAUUCCUGGAGCGGUAGCAGUGCCACUUGGAGAUGGGCACUCAUUAGCUCUUUAUGCACUCCUAUUGUCUUAAGAGAGGAAACUAUACAGCAGGAGUCGGCAACCUUUCAGAAGUGGUGUGCUGAGUCUUCAUUUAUUCACUCUAAUUUAAGGUUUUGCG